AUGGCUUCGUUGCUGGCUCGCAGGUCGUUCAAUGCUCUCCGAGCUCGACAUCUCGUUUGUCCAGGGCAAGCUUUACAGGGACCUCAUCUCUGUGGGCUACAGUCCCGUGCUAUAUCCUAUGGCUCCAACAAAGAUGAUGAAGAAGCUGAGCAACUUGCUAAGGAGAUCUCCAAGGACUGGAAUACUGUCUUUGAACGGAGCAUGAACACCCUAGCUCUCACUGAAAUGGUCCGGGGUUUGUCCUUAACCCUCAAGUACUUCUUUGAUCCAAAAGUUACAAUCAAUUAUCCUUUUGAGAAGGGUCCAUUGAGCCCUCGCUUCCGUGGUGAACACGCCCUUCGAAGGUAUCCUACUGGGGAAGAACGCUGCAUUGCCUGCAAACUCUGUGAAGCUGUAUGUCCAGCUCAAGCAAUCACAAUAGAGGCAGAGGAGCGAGAAGAUGGAAGCCGAAGAACCACUAGGUAUGAUAUCGACAUGACAAAGUGCAUCUACUGUGGUUUUUGCCAAGAAGCUUGCCCUGUUGAUGCAAUCGUUGAAGGACCCAACUUUGAGUUUGCAACCGAGACUCACGAGGAACUUCUGUAUGACAAAGAGAAGCUUCUUGAAAAUGGAGAUCGGUGGGAGACAGAGAUUGCAGAGAAUCUGAAGUCGGAGAGCCUAUACCGCUAA